AUGGUGGGAUCGCUAGCGGGACGUACGGCCUUCAUCACGGGCGGAUCACGGGGGAUCGGACUGGAGAUCGGCAAGUGCCUCGCCUCGCGCGGUGCCAACGUUGUCAUCGCCGCCAAAACCGCCACGCCGCAUCCCAAACUGCCCGGGACGAUCUACACUGCCUGCGACGAGAUCGCUGCCGAAGCGGACAAAGCCGGCUCUGGCGCCAAAGCUCAUCCUGUCCAGCUGGACAUUCGCGAUGCCACUGCGGUCGAAUCCGCGAUCAACGCGGUUGCCGACAAAUUCGGCGGGUUGGAUAUGGUGAUCAACAACGCUAGUGCGAUCAACAUGACUCCGACCAAGGAUGCAGCGGUCAAGAGUUACGACUUGAUGAACGGUAUCAACGCACGAGGAUCCUGGCUCGUCUCUCGAUUCGCCCUACCCCACCUCCUCACCUCCGCCGCAAAGGGUAACAAUCCCCACAUCCUUACCCUCUCACCCCCGCUCAACUUCAACACGCUCUCAACGACUAUUGGCCAGAAAGAUCCACCCGCCAUCUUUCCGUACCAGUUUGCGCAAACGGCAAGUGCAUACACCAUCGCCAAGUUCGGAAUGUCCCUCCUCACCCUAGCCCUUGCCGCCGAAACCACAGGCAAAGUGGCGGUCAAUUCGCUCUGGCCGUACACGCUCAUCGCCACAAGCGCAAUGAAGAUCGUCAGUAAAGACGCGAGCGUCCAGGAACGCAAGUGGCGCAACCCAGCCAUCGUUGCCCAAGCAGCUGCCCGCAUCGUAGAGGAAACCGCCGAGAGCUUUACGGGAAAGUUCCUCGUCGACGAGUUGUACCUCCGCGAAAAGGGGUUCACCAACAACGACCUACACAAGUUCAACGUGGAUGAAACCACAGACGUGAACGACCUCGCAGAAGAUCUCUACAUCAGCCAGGAACUUCGAGACGCCAUCAACGCCGCUCGCCAAUCCUAA